AUGUUUGCUCCUCUAUUACGGAGAGCACGUUGCUUCUCAACGCUCCAGCUACCCAAGGUCAAUCCUAUACAACAACAACAACAACCUCCUCCUGCUCCUGCUGCUUCUAUCAAAUCUCCCCAUUUGACAGAUACUUUUGGUCGUACACAUAAUUACUUGCGCAUUUCACUCACUGAGCGUUGUAACUUGCGAUGCACCUAUUGCAUGCCAGAGGAAGGAGUACCAUUAACACCAAGUGAUCAAUUAUUGUCCACGGAUGAAAUCUUGCAUUUGGCGCGUUUGUUUGUGCAGCAAGGGGUGAACAAGAUACGAUUGACGGGAGGUGAACCUACCGUACGCCCUGAUCUCAUUGAUAUUGUACGUGGGAUCAGCGAUCUAAGACCACAAGGUCUCCAAAGCAUCGGGAUCACAACCAAUGGUAUCGCCCUUAAACGUAAACUUCCCUUGUUACGUGAUGCAGGUCUUGAUUCGCUUAAUAUCAGCUUGGAUACCCUGGAUCGCCACAUGUUUGAAAUCAUGACACGUCGACGAGGCUUUGAUAACGUGGUGGCAUCCAUUGAACAAGCGGUUGAUCUCGGAUUCAAAUCAGUCAAAAUCAACUGCGUCGUGAUGCGAGGGACCAAUGAUGAUCAAGUCAUGAAUUUUGUGGCAUAUACCAAAGACAUGCCUGUCAACGUCCGAUUUAUUGAAUACAUGCCAUUUGAUGGUAAUCGGUGGAACAAGGAUAAAUUGGUGCCUUAUCGUGAAUUGAUUGAACGUAUCGAGAAACGUUUUGGAGGCCUACAUAAAUUAUCGGACGAUCCAAAUGAUACUACCAAGUCAUACCAAGUGCCAGGCUACCAAGGCAAAGUUGGAUUCAUUACAUCUAUGACAGAACACUUUUGUGGCACGUGCAAUCGAUUACGGAUCACAGCGGAUGGAAGUAUCAAAGUCUGUUUAUUUGGAUCCACCGAAGUAUCAUUACGUGACAUGCUAAGACAACAAGAUCAAAAAGACGACCACCUUCUCCAAGCGAUAGGCGCUGCCGUUCGUAAAAAGAAACGACAACACGCAGUUGUAGCGGCCAACAUCCCUGUGUUCAAUAAACGAUGGUAUUCCACAUCCUCGCGUGAUAAAGGUGACGAAGCAAGAUUGACCCACACGGACCCAGAAACCGGUGAAGCAAGAAUGGUAUCAGUGACGGAUAAGAAGGAUACUCAACGUGAAGCACGUGCUAUUGGUCAUAUAUUACUCCCUCCUCAAACAUUCCAAUUACUUCAAGAGAAUGCGUGUGAGACAUCCAAAGGCAAUGUGUUGACCGUGGCUCAAAUUGCUGGUAUCCAAGCUGCCAAAUCCACGAGUCAGCUGAUCCCUUUAUGCCAUCCACUCAUGUUGGGAUACAUUGAUGUACGAUUAAGGUUGGCCAAAGGAGAUCGCGUUGAAUGUGAAUCGGUUGUACGAUGCAAUGGCAAAACGGGCGUUGAAAUGGAAGCAUUGACGGCAACAAGCGUAGCAUUGCUGACAGUCUAUGAUAUGUGCAAGGCAUCGUCCAAAAAGAUGAUCAUUGAAGGUAUUCGUGUUGUCGCCAAAUCAGGUGGUAAAAGUGGAUCGUGGCAAUGGUAUCAUGAUAAUAUUGAACAAUGA